AGAUGAUAAAGAGGAACACAACACACACAUAAACAAAAGUAGCAGAGGAAAGCUGUCAACACACACAGCCAGCCUUCAUUUCUUUUUAAAAAGCUAAUCCAAACACACCCCAAACCCCAAAGAUCACAAGCACAAGAUCUGAUAUUCUCUGAAUCAAACACAUUGACACACACUGACAGAGAAGAACAAGAAGAAAAAGAGAGAGAGAGAGAGAGAGAGAGAGAAAACACCAUGAAAGGCAGAGAAAACAAAGGCCCUCCUUCUGCAGACCUCUUGGUCUGUUUUCCUUCUAGAGCCCACCUAACCCUAAUGCCCAAACCCAUCUGCAGCCCUGCAAGACCAUCUGAAUCCAACAAGCGUCACCACCUCCACCACCACCACCACUUGAAAAGGUCAAGCAACAGCAGAGGAGGUGGUGGUGGUGGUGGAGUCCAAGCCAGCCCUCUCUUAUGGGCUAAAACCAAGUCCAUGGGCUCAGACAUAUCUGAACCCACAUCACCCAAAGUUACCUGCGCCGGACAGAUCAAAGUGAGGCCCAAAUCAGCCAGUUCUUGCAAGAAUUGGCAAUCAGUUAUGGAAGAGAUUGAAAGGCUUCACAAUGAUAGAAAACAAAAGAAGAGAGCCAAUUGGGUCGAAGCUCUCGGAAUCAAGAAAGAUGUAAUGCAUUUCUUGACUUGUUUACGGAGAAUUCGCUUUGAUUUUCGAUGCUUCGGCACAUUCCCUGCUUCGGACAUAACCUCUGAUGAUGAAGAUGAUGACAAUGAUGAAGAAGAAGAUUGUUCACAAAACCAAGUCAGCAAUGAGAAUGAGAGUUCAAGAACUGUCUUCUCUAAAUGGUUCAUGGUUCUACAAGAAGAUCAAAACAAAUUAAAGAAUGAGUGUACCAAAGAACAGAGUAAAGAGAUAAACGAAUCCGAUAAAGAAGAGACUGUUGCUCCACCCCCAAAUGCUCUGUUGCUCAUGCGUUGUAGGUCUGCUCCUGCUAAAACCUGGUUAGAAGAGAGAAAAGAAGAAGAAGAUGAGAGUGAAGAGAGAGAAGAGGAAGUAGAAAAGAAAGGAAAGUUGGGUAUGGAGGAAGAGAAGAAUAGUAAGAGCUUGGCAGUGCUGAUGAGAUGUGACACUGAUUUCUACAAAUUAUCAUCUGAUAUUGCAAAGGAAACUUGGGUUGUUGGUGGUGUGAGAGAUCCAUUAUCAAGGAGUCGAAGUUGGAAGAGAUGAUAGAUAAUAUAUAACAUGAUGAUCAAGGUGAUUGACUGCUCUGUUUUGCCAUUUUUUCUUUUCUUGUCACUCAAUAAUUUUUAUUUAUAGUUUUUUUUUUAUUUUUUUUUAUUAUUUUCAGUUGUUUGAAAUGGUCUGGCUUGUGUGAGAAAUCCUCCUAAUCAAUCUACCAUUUAGUGAUGUAGGUUACAUUUUUGUUUUCUUAAUUGUGCUCUGUUUUGUCAAAUGUAUAACUCUGUGUACAGCUUGUGAUCUUUCCUUGGAAAAGAUUUUUGCUGCCCAUGUAUAUUUUUAUUUUCUUUUAUAGAGUGUUAAUGUACCAUGUAUUUCUCAAGAAAAUCUAUGCAUGAAUUGGACAUUUUGGGCCUC